AUGGGCGGGGACAAUCGCUCGGUGGUGACCGAAUUCGUGCUGCUCGGACUUUCAGACUACUGGGCCAUGCAGCGUCUCCUGUUCGUGCUCUUCUCCGUUUUCUACGUGGCGAUCGUGUUAGGGAACACGCUCAUUGUGCUCACGGUCAUCUCCGACCCCCGCCUGCACUCCCCCAUGUAUUUCCUGCUGGCCAACCUCUCCUUCUUUGACAUCUGCGUUUCCUCCACUGUGACCCCCAAGAUGAUUGAUGACACCUUAAGGGAAAGCAAAAUCAUCUCCUUUGGGGGCUGCUUCGCUCAGAUGAUCUUCAUUCACAUUGUUGGGGGUUCUGAGAUGGUGCUGCUGGUGGCCGUGGCCUAUGACCGCUACGUCACCAUCUGUCGUCUCCUCCACUACGUGGCCGUUGUCAUUUCCGUGGUGGUGGCCUGGGUCGUCGGACUCAUCCACGCCUUGAGCCAGGCAGCGUUUGUCGUGAACCUGCCGUUCUGCAUCCCCAACGAAGAGGACAGUUUCUUCUCUGACUCUCCUCGCGUCAUCCAGCUGGCCUGCACGGACACGUACCGGCUGGAGUUCGUAGUCACGGCCAACGGCGGGCUCAUCUCAGUGGGGACUUUCCUCCUCCUGAUCUUCUACAUCUUCAUCCUGUUCAGUGUCUGGCAUCGCUCUUCCUUCGGGCUGUCCAAGGCGUUCUCCACCCUGUCUGCUCACAUCUCGGUGGUGGUUUUGUUCUUCGGUCCUUGCAUCUCUGUGUACGUGUGUCCAUUCCCCACUUUGACCUUCGAUAAAUUUCUUCCGUUUGAUGCGGUUGUCACCCCUGUUCUGAAUCCCCUCAUCUAUACCUUCAGGAACAAGGACAUGAAGAUGGCGAUGAAGAGACUGGGGAGUCACUUGGCGGGUUCAGGGAAAACCCUAAAGAAGACUUUGUUGAUAAGGAGCAUGAGAACUUGUGAGCUUCUGUGUCUUUGGUCACAAACAGCAUCAUUGAUUUGGCAACCAGGACGCCUUACAUAUCCUGCGGUGGCUGCAUUUCUUACAUGGUCUUUAUUUGCAUCAUUCAUUAGGCAUAAAUUGAGCAUGCACUGAGCACUGGUCAUUAGGUAUUUAUUGGGCAGCAGACAUGCAUUGGACAUUAGGCAU